AUGGGGUGGACGCUUUGGUCUUGUUGUAUGCAGACAGUGCGGUACAGCUUUCCUAACAGUUCUCUGAAAUUGAUCAUUUCUUCUGAAGGUACAGCUUUCCUAUGUGCCCCAACUGUUGAUGGAAAGCUAUCACAAACUUGCUAUCUCAUUGCACUUGAUUCUUGUUAUGAACGAUUUUGUGAGAGGUUCAAAAAAUUGGAGGGCAGGCCAUUUUCGAUUUCACAUGCUGAGUAUGUUGUGUUUCAUUCUCCAUAUAACAAGGUGUUUACUGAAUGGUAUAUGCAUAUGCUCUUUUUCUCCAGCUUUGUUGAUGAGGCUGCAAGAGAAAAGCUAGCCCCAUUUUCAGCACUUUCUGGCAAUGAGAGCUAUCAGAGCCGGGAUCUUGAAAAGGCAACUAAGCAAGUUGCUAAAAGUCAAUAUGAAGUGAUGGUGCAGCCGACAACCUUAAUCCCGAAACAAGUUGGUAACAUGUACACUGUAUCUCUUUAUGCAGCACUUGCGUCCCUUAUUCACAAGCAGCAUAGCUCACUGGCAGGUAAGCGGGUAGUCAUGUUUUCAUAUGGGAGUGGUUUGACUGCAACAAUGUUCUCAUUCCAACUUCGAGAAGGUCAUCAUCCUUUCAGCUUGUCAAACAUUGCGAACGUGAUGAAUAUUUCUGGCAAGUUGCAAGCUCACGUGCGGUUUCCUCCUGAGAAAUUUGUUGAAAUGAGGCUCAUGCAGCUUUGAUAUGGAGCGAAGGACUCUGUGACAAGCAAGGAUAGUCCUGUCUUAUUCCCGGGUACGUACUAUCUCACCGAAGUUGACUCAGUGUACCGGCAAUUUUACACCAAGAAAUCUGAUGACAUCGCAACCAAUCCUUAUAAGGCUUCUACCUUUGAUAAUGGUUCAGUAGUUGUUGCUCAAUGGUACUUGCUUGCUUGAUAAAAUCUGACUGUUCUUUCUCCCCAAGUGGAACUGUUGUUUGAAGCGGUGUAAUUGCCCAACCAGUCUGUCUCUAGUUUUUUUUUUUCAAUGCGUCUCUUCUCAAAUAAUCAGCCAUA